CCAUCCCCCCUGGUCACGCCUCAACAGAAGUCUCAGUCGUUUUUAGUACAUGCAUUCAAAAACUUUCACAACAACCGAAGACCUCAGAAAUUUAACAGUAAUUUUAGUUUGGACAGAUCUAUUUCUGGCGGCUUGAAUGACAAAUCAAAUGUCUUGAUUUGACUCGAAUAAGGAGCGGUUUCGGUUUGUAUAAUUUUACGCAUUUCUAAGAACUAGAAACUACUAUUUCCUUCAAUAUGUCAGCUUUGUGGAAGUCUAGUUUAGACCUGUGGAAUAUUCCAUUGAGAGCGCUGAAUAUCAACGUGAGAAAAAGAUUGGGACUGUUUUUAAAUCCGAGAAACACUGUGGCAUCAGACUGGAUGUCUGUCGCAGAGAACAUGGGCUUCUCUUAUUUAGAGAUCAAGAAUUACGAGGAUUGCCAGGACCCGACACGGAAGAUUCUAGAGGACUGGCAAUCACGUUGUCCCGGAGCUAAAGUUGGAAAGUUAGUUUCAAUUCUGGAUAACGUGGACAGAAAAGAUGUUGUGGAGGAUCUUCGAGAUCUCAUUGAGGAGGACUGUAGGAGGUACAUAGAGAGACAGAAUGAGCCCCCAGUCCAGGUGCCUGAGGUGGACAGCUGUGUCCCCAGAACCCCAGAGCGACAAGGUAUCACCCUGGAGGAUGACCCACAAGGGGGUGUACCGGAGCUGUUUGAUGCCUUCAUCUGCUACUGUCUAAGUGACUUUGACUUUGUCCAUGAGAUGAUCCAGCAGUUGGAGCAGACGGACCACAAGUUGAAGCUGUGUGUGUUUGACCGGGACGUCCUGCCUGGAUCCUGUGUUUGGACCAUCACCAGCGAACUCAUCGAGAAGAGGUGUAAGAGGAUGGUGGUGGUGAUAUCUGAUGAGUACCUGGACAGUGAUGCCUGUGACUUCCAGACCAAGUUCGCCCUCAGUCUCUGCCCUGGUGCGCGGAGCAAGCGGCUGAUCCCUGUGGUGUACCGGUCUAUGAAGAAACCUUUCCCCAGUAUCCUGAGGUUCCUGACUGUGUGCGACUACACACGACCCUGUACACAGUCCUGGUUCUGGGUCCGGCUGGCCAGGGCUCUCUCCCUGCCCUGAUUGGAUCGUACAGACUCACAGCAACCAAUCAUCACAGGGGGCCUGCCCCUCUACAGCGGGGAACAGGAAGAGGAAGUCUCAGCUUGGUGGUACUGGUACUCUGCUGGGGGACCGCUAAUAGCUACAGUGUGGGAGUUUAGUUUAGUUGACAUAUUUUAUAUUGAUUAAUUUCUUGGUUAGAACAGUUUCUGUAUUGUACAUACUACUUUGAAUAGACAAGAUGAGACUUGUUGCAGUGUUCUGAAACCACAGAUGGAGGACAUUGUUCCUGGGGGACUCUCCCUCUCUCAUCCUCAGCACUGAGAGACUGACGGCUGUUUCACUCAUUACUGAUACAUUGAUUUGGUUUUAAUAUGAUAUUUUAUUCCACUGUAAGCGUUUAAUAUGUUUUUAAUAUGAUAUUUUAUUCUGAGCCCCAUCGCUCAUAUGGACCAAAUAUCAACAGCGGAAGGAAUAUUGUAUAUAUCAAAUGGUUGGCAACACAUUUUACAAUAAUUUAGCUAUUUGUUUGUGGAGCCAUCAUCUCUCUGAGGUGGAGGUGAUUUUGAAAAAUGUUGUCUGUGCACAAAGCAUGUAAAACUGUUACAAUCUCAUCCUAUCCGACGUGUCAGCUCUUUAGUUUCAACAUCCUCCUUCCUCCUGUCAUGGCGGCCAUGUUGUCUCCUUCAGAUGAGAGAUAUCGGCCUGUGACUUCCUCCUGUCAUGGCGGCCAUGUUGUCUCCUUCAGAUGAGAGAUAUCGGCCUGUGACUUCCUCCUGUCAUGGCGGCCAUGUUGUCUCCUUCAGUACGGAGCAGAGAGACUGACUGCCACCAGCCACUUCUCACCCUGAUGUGUAACUUUAUGAAGCUGUAUAAAUCCACCAAAACCUAAAUCUAUCAAUACUGUAAAAAAUUUAAAGAAAUUGGAGAAGGACGGGAAGUGAAAAGGGGACUUUGUCAGUAAUGUAACUCUGGACAUUUCCAAAUGGACUCAUACUGCGUUACUCAUGCAUACUGCGUUACUCAUGCAUACUGUGACUGUCUCUCUCGUAACUACUGUAUGUAUAUUUGGUCUUCAUUUCAUCUGCACUGUGUGAUUUUAUAUUUUAAAAAAUCUUUAUUAAGCUUC